GAGGAUUCCGUUGUGAUUACUUGACAUUUUCAAAAUGACUAAAGAGGAGGCAACAUCUCAGAUAACCCAUAGUAUCUUCCAUUCUAUCUAUGCAAAAUUUUCAAAAGCUCGUAUGAAGCUAUAUAGCUGGCGUCAUUUAGGAUGGUUGGUUUUGUUAGUUGCUGCACUCAAUGUUGUUUGCAUAGGCGGUAAAAGAAGAGCAUUUGGAAUAUUUGUUGCUGCAUUACACACAGCGUAUAAUGAUACGAGUAUGACAGAGUUGAAUUGGGUUGGUGACAGUUAUGCAGCACUUGGAUUCUUUUUAAUGCCAUUUGCAACAACCGUAAUUAUUCGAUUGAACCGACCUUAUAGAAGUACAAUGUUUACAGCUGGUUUGCUCAUUUUUGUUAGUUGUAUGACGUCGGCUGCAGUGCCUAGUCCAGGUUAUCUAUUCUUAACUCAUACAUUAAUACACGGUCUUGGAUCUACUCUCAUUUUAUGCGGUACAAGUCUUGUGACAGCUGAGUAUUUUGAUAAAUCGCAUCGAUUUCAUGUCUUAGCUACAGCAUUUGUAUCUGGGGGACCCUAUGGUGUGUUGAUAUUUGGUCCAUUGUACUCAAAUUUAAUACAAAACUACGGUUGGCAAGUAGCAUUUCAAAUAAGCGGAGUACUCUUUUUAUUCGUUACAUGCUUAGCUGGAAUUGUGUUUCUUUCAAGAGAUAUGUUUGAAUAUCAUCAAGCAAUGACAGAAACACCUGAUAUUUCCGAUGAAAAUUCUGUGAACAAAUCAUUACGGAGACAGUCUUUACUGCUACGAAAUUCACCGAAAGCAAGUGAUGGGCGUGGAUGGGCUUUCUGUUCUAUCGACCAUAUGAAAAACAAUCCACAAGUAUUUAUUUGGGCAUUUGAACGUUUAAUUCAUAAUCUUGUGAUUUAUGGUCUACUUAUGAAUAUGACAGCCUAUGUAAGUCAAGCGCUAAAUGACCAGUUAGUGUUGGGUGCACGUGUUAACUUAUACUUUGGUGUCGGAGAAUCAGUUGUAUUUACGAUUGGCGCUUUAAUUGGUGAUCGAAUACGAGGUUAUUUAGCAUUUGCUUAUUUCAUUGGGGCAUCAUUCGCUGCUUUGUUCUUGAUUAUCAUGCAGAAAACUUAUGAAGAUAUAAAUGUGGUUUAUAUACUUGCUGGAUUCACUGGUGCAACAGUCGGUGUAGGCAACACCUUUUUAUAUGCUACAUCAGAAGAAGUAAUGCUUGUCCACGGGUCGAUUGCAUUUCCUAUGACAAAAAUGAUUGCCGGUAUUGGUAUGCUGUUAGCACCAUUAUUUUCUGGUGCAAUUAUUGAUGGUUUUGGAUAUGGUGGAUUUUUUAUUAGUAUGGCAGUUUUAGUAACAAUUCGAGUUAUACUGCUGGGUUUCAUAUGUUAUAUACUACAUAGGAAGAAAAAGUUGAUUUUAGCUAGUGAAAAAGAACAACUACCUACAAAUGGAAAUGAAUUGUAUCAUUGUUGUCAAAAUACAAAUAAUCCAUGCAAUGAAAAGUUAACAAAUUUGAACAGUGUUAACAGUAAUGGUAAUACUGUAUUUGUCGCAGAUGCAGCAUACCCUGAGUCAACAAGAUCUGAUUUAGAAAACCGUAUCCAAUUAUCUUCUCAAUGGUAUCAUGAAAAUGAUAGAAAAUUACCGUAAAACAGUGAACUAAUAGUAAAUUGUUACAAAAUGGAACAUUGUGUCAUUAAAAAACAAAAUGUUAAAGAUAUUAAUUAAUCACUUGAAUAGUAAAUUAUUUUUACUUUUCAUUUCAAUGAAUACAUCUCAAAUUUUCUGAUAGACUGAUUUUACUGUACUAUAUUACUGUAAAACAGGAUUAUUUAAAAAAUCAACUGAACACCUGAUCAAAACCCACUAUUUAAAUAUCACUGAAUAAGUAUACAUUCUGCAAUGAAACUCACCGUCCAAUACCUGAUUUACAAACCAAGUUAAAAUUAUAUUCUUUGGCUUUUUUCGGCCUAAAUAACACAUCAAGUUCUAUUGUCUCCUUUCCAAGUAUAACACCGAAACCAUCGUUUGGCUGAACUUCAACAAACUGAAAUGGUAGAAAAGUUCAUUUGUUAUAAAUCAGUGGGGUAACGAAGGAGAAAGAGAAGCAGCUGAAACACACUAUUCAACAUUCAUUACUUCAAGUCACAGUAUAAUCAGCACACAUUCCCACACAUAUAUAUACAACCACAGAAUAUACUAUGGUGUAAACGUAUAUUAUAUUGAAAUGUUUCACGUGUACCUUCUCAUGGUGCUUUUACUACUCUAUAAAUAUUACUAUUUAUAUCGGGAGAAACAGACCAGCAUUCUGUUCUUUUAAAGCCAAUAAUUAUUUAUCAGUUAAUGUUACUUCUUUAUCUUCUUAAACUAAGUGUAAAAUCUUUCUUAGUAUUGCAUUUUAUGUUUGUAAUAGUUAAAUUAGACUGCAGCAAAAACAAACCAUGUAUGAUUUAUAUGCAACUUCAAAAUUUGAUAAAGACUAACGCCAAAACUAC